UCAGGGUGCAUUCGAAUGUAAACAUGGCCGCCGGUGUAUUGUGCGACGAGUAUUUCUACUGUACCAAAUUCGGAUUUUCGUCGUCGUGGACGUAAUGAGCGGAAGGAAAUAUGCGCAGGGAGGGCCCAGGCUGAUGUCUGGAUGAGCGAUGAAUGUAUUCCGGGCAUUAAUCCCGUGUGCAUUACAGCACAGUGGCGAAAGUGGAAUCGUCGGAGAAGGAAGCAGCAGCAGCGGCAGUUGCUGGUUCACAGGAAGAGGACAGAGCAAUGAUUCACGCAUGACACAAAGAAUGGGAGCAUCCGCCUCUUCCAGCCUUGCACCCAUCGGAGGAGAUUCGGUGCAGGCAGCUAGGCUAUCAGCCUCAGGAAAUCCUGAUCCAUUGAGCAUUAUUGUCAGAGAGCGAAAAAAACGCGUUACCGGUUUCGCUACGUUGCGUAAGAAGUUCAUAAGGAGGCGAAGCUCUUCCAAGGCGUGCGACCAUGGGCGCAUCAUCGUGGGUACUUGGAGCCCAUUGGAGGCAGGUGCUCUACUGGAAGAGUACGAGGCUCUGGCGGCCCUCAAGGAUUUGCACGUACAGGCGGAGCUGGCGAGGCCACCGGCGGCCACUUUCAAACAGGAUCUCUCUACGCUUUAUGAUUAUAAGUAUUGCACGGACGUGGACCUUGUGUACAGGGGUGCUUGCUUUCCUGUCCAUCGCGCCCUCCUGUCGGCCCGAUGUCCCUACUUCAGGGAUCUCCUCGCUGGUUGCCCAGGCUACGGUGCUCGUAUAUGUCUCGAAUUACGCAGUCACAACAUCGAAGUGCCGAUGUUUUCCGGACUACUGCGAUAUCUCUACACGGGUGAUGUCUGUCCACGCGAUGGCUCGCUCGAUUCUAAUCUUCUGCGGCGCCUUGGCGACGAGUUUGGCAAUCCAAAUCCCCUCGAGCACGAUUUGCGUUACUUAUUGGAGACAGGAAAUUACGCGGACGCGGCCCUCGUUUUUACGUCCGACAGUGAUUACCAAAGACCAGACAGCGGUAGCUCCGAGUACGGCUUCAGGCCAAAACUCGAGUUGCCGUGCCACAAGGCAAUUCUCUCGGCCCGUUCGCCGUUUUUUCGCAAUUUGAUUCAACGGCGAACAAGAUCCGGGGAGGACCAUACGGAGCGCGCUCUACAUAUUCCUACAAGGAUAGUGCUCGACGAGUCCGUCAUACCGAAGAGAUAUGCCCACGUUUUGCUACACGCCGUAUACUUAGAUACGGUUGAUCUCUCGUUGAUAAUGAGGGGUACGGGGUGCGGAAACAGUGCUGGUAGCUUGGGGGAGGUUCAGGCGUUAACACAUACAGGUCGUAUGCGACCUAGUCCAUUAGAAGAAGCCAUGGAAUUAUAUCAAAUAGGUCGAUUUCUCGAAUUAGAUAUUCUUUCGCAAGGCUGUGAAGAUUUGAUCUUAGAGUGGCUUACAUUAGACUCUCUUCCAACUGUUCUUAAGUGGGGUAGUCAGCCGCAUGGAUCAGCGUGGGUGCAUCGGCAGGCAUUACAUUAUCUUAGAGAAGAAUUUCAACCGGUAGCGUCGUCACCGAUUCUUCAUCAACUCGAUCAUGCACAUUUGUCGAAUGUUCUGCAAAGUCAUUUCCUUCAGGCAAGUGAGCUGGAAGUGCUUCAGGCGGUUCUCAAAUGGGGCGAACAAGAGCUUGUUCGACGAAUGGAGGAUAGGGAACCAAAUCUGUUAAGCCACACCGUUCAUUCUGUUGCGCGAAAAGGGGUAAAGAAACGAGAUCUUAGUGAUAUUGAACUACGAGAAAUACUGAGUGAGCUUUUACCACUCGUCAGGAUGGAUCAUGUUCUGCCACAAAACAAUGAAAUACUCUCUCAGGCUAUAAGAAGAGGUUUAGUAUCUACCCCACCAAGUCAUAUGAUUGGCGACGAAAGGGAAAACUUACGAAUAAAUGCUUGGAUAAGAGGAGGGAAGAAAAAUGGAUUAUUCGUAAGGCCCCGUCUUUUUAUGCCCUAUUAUGAAGAAAUUAAGGCUCUAGUCGAAGAACAAAUGAUUCAAGAAGCGGAAUUAGUAAGGUUGCGAAGGGCACGAUACAUUCCUGAUAUUCCCGAUACCUUGUAUAUGGUUGAUGAAAAGCCGAGGAUUACAGGAGCUGUUGGAGUCGAUAUUUUAGCAGCUGCCCUUCCAGUUCCAGAUUCAGCGACUAUGUCAUCAAUGUUAAAGCGCGAACAAAAGUUACGACAAUCUCCAAGUUCUCAACGAGCCAUUAGUUUACCGCUAUCAUCGCGCCAUGAAAUCAAUAGACAACUGCGAUUACGCGUUGUCCGAGAAUUUAACUUACCUGACGCGGUGGCCGAACUCCUUGAUAAUACGACGAGCUACAGCAUGGGCGGCGAGUCGGAUACGAAUUCGGUGAGCGCGGACGAGGAUUGCGGCUCGCUGAUGGGCAUGGGUGCUAAUAAUCUUGGUGCUUCCGCGGCCAUUACUUAUGGGCGCAACAUGACCUUUCCGAGGCACACCAGCGCGUACACACACCGGCGUCACGAGCUUCCAGCGAUCGUCACCGAGGGAGAGAAUUACCGACUUUCUGUCGAGCAACAUACAGAAAACAACGCGUGUAGCGAAGGACACCUUUCUGGUAUUAUGCCGGAUGUGGCAAUGGCCACAGCAUCCUUUGGUGCCCUUCAGCUUGUUGAGCAACAGGAGCUCGAGCUUGAUCUCGGUGAUGGCACGUCACAUUUGCUCCAGCAACAGCAACAGCAGCAUCAGCAGCAGCAGCAGCACCAGCACCACCACCACCACCAACACCAACAUCAGCACCAUUCGCAGCAGGCGUCAUCUUCCUCGGGCGGCAAUGGCCAGCUUCAUCGUCCCCAGCUCCCGCAUCAACGCCAAAGACACUUUCCCGGGCUACCUCCGGCCCCUUAUAUGUAUCACCGCUCUGCUGGUGGUUUACCACGAUUCAUAUAAAUGGUUUAUUAACAAACGAAUUAAGGAUAAACUAUAGCGGGGUU